AAAGGAGCUGAUGGGGCACAUGGAGAUGACAUGGCUAAUCUCAAACAAGACAUCAUGUCUUGGUUGACUGACUUGUUCCAUCCCAUUGAGCCUCCCCUCCACACUACCACCAAAGAUGAGCAUGGGUUUGUGCAUGAUGUUACUGGCAAGUUAAUCUGCCCAGCAGAGUUCGAUUGGGACCUAGCCAUGGAACUACUUAAACCAUCUACAAUUUCUUUCAUCAUGAAAGAUGGGAUUUGGGAUCACAACCCAUCUUACCUUGUCACAGCAUAUUCUUGGCCACUCUUCCUUUAUGAAAAUUUCAAGUUUUACUCAACAGAUGCUGAGCAAGGACUCUUCCAAUCUUCACUUCUGAUUAAGGCAUUCAAGUUCAUAUUCACAUCACCUUCAUCCAUCCAGGACCUUGACAAGGAUCACACAACACCUGGAUGCCAUUGGGGGAGUUCCAACCAGCAGGCAGCAACUAAGAAUCACAUUGCUUCAAUCCUUGGCAUGAAGGCAGUUACUCCUUGGUCAAUUGCAUACACAGCAGUCCAGGUCCACUUCACCCUUUCCUCUGCCAACACCUGGCACAAUGUGGACAGCAACUUUGAUUAUUCACAAUUCUACAACAUGAUUUUGGACUUUUUCGAAGAUCUGCCAGGCCCUGCAGCUAAGAAACAAGUGGACGAGCUGCUUGCAUGGUGGAAUCAGUAUGCAUCCCAAAUUCAAGUCACACUAUGCUCUGAUGUCUUUUUAGCAAGGCUUUUGGUAAGAACCAACUGA